AUGGAGACCGACUCUAUCGGACCAGACGGGCUGCUACGCUGCGGUUGCGUGGCCCGGUUCCUGAAGCAAGGCGGCAGGUCGUUUCUCAAAGAUUAUGGGUUCAACCGUGGCGAUCUUCAAAUGCCGGUCUCCCGGAAAGUCAGAGAGAUGCUGCUUGAGGACUUCAUAUCCAACGACUUCUACCUGAACGCUCGCGAUACACAAGGUCGCACUAUUCUGUGGACUGAGCGUCAGCUCACGUACAUGUUGCUGGACAACGGCGCUCGCGUGGACAUACCCGACAACGACGGCAACACCUUGCUUCAUGCUCUAGUCGCUAAGCAAGAUCCCACGAGCCUUCAGAAGAACCAAAGGCCGUUGGAAACCCUGUUGAACCACAAAAAGGGAAGGGAAGCGGUGAACGUGCGCAACCGGGAUGGGCUGACCCCCUACCAGCUUGCACUGGGAAUUGAUGCGAUUCAUUAUUGGGAUAUCUACACGAGGCUUUUCGACAACGCUGAGGCUGAUAUCAGAAUCGUCUUUCCAAAAGGUGUUUAUCGAGAUAAACUGACGUACAGCCUGGCGAAGUGGCAAGCCGAGGUGGGAAGUGUUAGUGCGUUCAGGAGGCCAGCUGCUGAGGAACGCCUCUUGAGGGCGCGGCUGGCGAUGUCAUACUCGUAA